GCUGUGCUGGCAUAUACGGACCAGAUGACGAUAGGGGUGGCGGUGGAGGAUGAGGUGUUUGGGGAGUUGAAGAACCUGUUUAAGGAAAGGGAGGUUGUGGAGAUUAUGGCGACGGUGGCGGCGUAUAAUUGUGUGGGUCGGUUUUUGGUGGCGUUGGAUGUUGGGGAGAAGAAUACAUGA